AUGCAAGCAUCCCAGGACCGCCAAGACUCCGAAGAUCGCAGUGACGCCGGGAGUUGGGACGGGCAGAGCAAGGAGGUGGGCUCGGGGGAGGAGAGAACGGACUCGGGGGAAGAAGAAUCCAACUCGCGCGACGAGGAAGCGAGCUCGCACGAUGAGGAAGCGAGCUCGCACGACGAGGAAGCGAGCUCGCGCGACGAGGAAGCGGGCUCCGGACGAGAUACGGACGACGAGUCAGACCCUGAGGCAGACAUCAUUGAUCCGAACGUCCGUGUGCGGGCCCCGAGGAAGCACUACUUCUUCUUCGGCGGCGUGGGGUGGAGCGUGAAAGCGAACUUCCUUCAGGCCCGCGUCAAAAAUUGGGAGACCCAUCGCGCACGAGGUAUAGAGGCGCAGCGUGCAUACGAGCAGCGCAUCUACGAGGCGUACUGCCGCCGAUGGCCCGGUGACGUCUUUCGCGCCCUACGAUUUAGGCGCUACUCGACUGAGCCCUUGGAGGAUCGAAUCAAGGAGUUCAUGUGGAACCACCGUGAUAUCGACUGGCUUGACUGA